AUGCUGCUUCACGGCGUUUUUGGCGGCAUGUCCAUUUGGAGCAGUGUUCUCCUUUUCAUCGGAAUUUACCUUGCAGGGUCGUACAUCAGAAGAUACAUCGCGUACAAGCGUUCUGGCGCUAUGUGGCCCGCCUAUGGCACCGAUAAAUGUCUUGGGUUCAAGGUGGUUCGCGAGAUGCUCAAGAUGCGCCAGAUCGGGCGGGCACCAGACUUUUUCCAGUCCAAGUUCGAAAUCACCGGCGUGUAUACCGGCGGAUUACUUGUGGGUGGGCGCUAUGCCAUUACCACACGCGAUCCUGAAAACGUGAAGGCGAUUUUGGCUACACAGUUCAAUGAUUUCAACUUGGGAAAUCGCAACCAGCAUAUCAAAGUGACGCUAGGCGAUGGCAUCUUCACGCUUGACGGAGCCGGAUGGAAAAGCUCACGCGCCAUGUUGCGCCCGCAGUUUGCGCGCGAACAGAUUGCCCACGUUCAGCUGUUGGAGCGGCAUGUGCAACGGCUCGCACAAAAAGUGCGCGGCACUAAGGGCGAGCGGUUUGACAUCCAGCCACUCUUUGCCAAACUCACCAUUGACUCGGGUACGGAGUUCCUAUUUGGUGAGUCUUGCGAGUCACUUGUGGAUGGAGAAAGUGAGAGUGAGACGGGCCUUGAUCCGGCGCUCAAAGCAGUUUUCGCCGAAGCUUUCAAUUACACGCAGACCAUAUUGUUCCAAAGGCUCAGUUUGCAAAAAUUAUACUUUCUUGUGGAUGGCUUCAAAUUUCGGCGCCAGAACCGUAUUGUGCACCAGGUUACGGAUUUUUUCGUGGAGCGCGCAUUGCAUGCGAGCGACAAAGAGGCUCACAGCUCAUCGCGCGGCGGAUAUGUGUUCUUGUAUGAGUUGAUGAAGCAGACGCGCGACCCAAAAGUAUUGCGCGACCAAUGCCUCAAUGUAUUGCUCGCCGCACGCGAUACUACUUCUGGUCUUUUGUCCUUUUGUUUCUUUGAGUUGGCGCGCAACCCGGCCGUGUUUGCGCGUUUGCGGGAGGAGAUUUCAUUUCACUUUGGUUUGGGCGAGAGCGCAGACUUGUCCGCGAUUUCCUUCGAGUCCUUGAAAAAAUGCGAGUACUUGCGCGCCGUUUUGCACGAAACGCUUCGGAUGUACCCAUCAGUGCCUGCCAAUUUCCGGGUGGCCACACGCGAUACUACACUUCCACAUGGGGGUGGGCCUGAUGAGUCAAAGCCGAUUUUUGUGCCAAAGGGUACCAUGUGUAUUUACCAAGUGUAUUCUGUGCAUCGGAGCGAGGUACACUAUGGCAAAGACUACAAUGACUUCCGCCCCGAACGCUGGUUCGAAGAGCGCACAAAGAAAUUGGGAUGGGCUUUCCUUCCAUUUAACGGCGGUCCGCGCAUUUGCUUGGGCCAGCAAUUUGCCUUGACCGAGGCACUGUAUGUGAUUGUUCGCCUUUUGCAAAUGUUUGAGCACAUCGAAUCCUUUGACAGUGUUUACCCGCCUGCAAAGGCCACGCACUUGACAAUGUCACUUUUUGACGGGGCUAAUAUUGCCCUUUGGUAA